UUACUAGAUAUAGAUCUAGAUCUAUUAACUAUUAUAAUCUAGAUCUAUAUCAUACUAUAAUUAGUAUAAUAGUAGAUUCUAUAUCUAUAAUCUAGAUCUAGACCUACUCAUUAUCUUUCUAAAACUGGAUUAGCAGUUAUUGAUCAGAAGCUGAGAUUGUAUUAGAAACAAGAAAACAAUUUAUAGAAUCUACAUUUUUUUUUCUGUAAUUUCAUGUUCUUUUCCCCUUAAAAAUAAUCUAGGUGAAGCAUAGACUUAAAAUAAAGACAAAAUUAAGGAUUUAAAAUGGCGGUGUCCAAGGAUAAAGUGUUGAGUACUGCAAAAGAUUUUCUUUCAUUCAUCAACAAGUCACCUUCUCCAUACCAUGCUGUUGAUGAAGUCAGAAAAGGUCUUGUGUCCAAUGGGUUUAAAGAAUUACGAGAGUCUGAAAACUGGAAGAUUGCACCAUUGGAUAAAUGCUUUGUGACAAAAAAUCAGUCAACUAUCAUAGCCUUUGCUGUCGGAGGUCAGUACAAACCUGGAAAUGGUUUCAGUAUUGUGGGUGCCCAUACAGACAGUCCAUGUCUGAAGGUGAAACCUGUCUCCAAUAAAGUGAAGCAAGGUUUCUGUCAGGUUGGUGUAGAGUGUUAUGGUGGUGGUAUCUGGAAUACUUGGUUUGACAGAGACUUGACCGUGGCUGGUAGGGUACUGGUCAAGGAUAAGAAUGUUGAUAGCAUCAGUCACCAUCUGGUUCACAUCCAAAGACCAAUUUUACGCAUUCCUCAUCUGGCUAUUCAUCUUCAACGCGACAUUAAUGACAGCUUUGGACCAAACAAAGAAAAUCAUUUAUGUCCAAUCCUGGCAACUUGUGUACAGGCUGAACUAGAGGGAGAUAAAUCUUCAGGAGACAAGCCUUCAUCUUGUGCUUCGGGACCUGCCAGUCAGUCUUCCAAGCACUCACCAACUUUGGUAAAACUUUUGUGCCAAGAACUAAAGAUUGAGCCAGAACAGAUGCUAGAUUUUGAUUUGUGCCUUGCUGAUACACAGCCUGCUACCAUAGGAGGUGCUUAUGAUGAGUUUAUGUUUUCUCCAAGGUUGGACAACUUGUUGAACACUUAUGCUGCUUAUAAGGGUUUACUUGCAUCUAUUCAAGAUGGAACACUGGAAAAAGAUUCUAACAUAAGAAUGAUAAGUUUAUUUGACAAUGAAGAGGUUGGGUCCCAGAGUGCUCAGGGUGCAGAGUCCAUGUUCCAGGAAAAUGUAAUGAGACGUAUCAGUACAGAUCGUGAAAAUCUAACAGCGUUUGAUGAGUGCAUAGCCAAGUCUUUGAUGGUCAGUGCUGACCAGGCUCAUGCAUGCCAUCCCAAUUAUGCGGAGAAACAUGAAGCCAACCACCAGCCAGAAUUCCAUAAGGGUAUUGUCAUCAAGUUCAACUCCAAUCAAAGAUAUGCCACUACUGGAAUCACUGCUGCCAUUUUAAGACAGAUAGCCAGCAAAUCUGAUGUGCCUUUGCAGGAUUUUAUGGUUCGCAAUGAUUCACUUUGUGGAUCAACUAUUGGACCUAUUAUGUCAGCCAGACUUGGUAUGCAAACUAUUGAUGUAGGUGCUCCUCAGUUUGCAAUGCACUCCAUUAGAGAAACUGGGUCAACAACAGACCUGACCUAUGCUGUUAAACUUUUUGAGGGAUUUUUUAACUAUUACCCAGAAGUCCAAGCAUCUCUCAAGUUUUAAAGUUUCGGGUCAAAACAAAUCAAUACAGAUCAGAUUGAACACAAUAAAACUGACAAGAAUCGACUUGACUAUCUUUUAAUUUUGUAAAGAACAAUUUUUUUCUUUUGUCUUAAACAUACCAUGAUCAUUUUAAUUGUUGUCAUAUUGUUUUUAUUUAAAUCUAGCAGUAGAAGAUCACCAGUUUGAUAUUAAAAUAUGAUUUCAAUGAUACGCAGAAGUUUACUUAUGUUUUGUUAUCAAUGUUUUAACCAUUAGCUUUCAUCUCCAGCUUUUACUUAUAGAUCAAAGAGAAAUGCUGCUUAUGACAGUCUUUUCAAUUCUUCAGCAGAUUGUUUACAUCUUUCUAUCAUUGCUUGUAAAGAAAAAGAAACAAAUACAAAAACUGAGUUUCUAACCAAAAUAUUUGAAAAGUCUAAAUAUAAUUACACAGUUUUUCUUAGUAAACAAAUUUGUUUUAUAAACAUAGUUUAUUUGUAGAUCUUUAGCUCUCACUUUUUCUCAUUUCUAUAGAAAUAAAAUAUGUUUGAUAGCUAUGUUAUUACUUUAACUCCAGUUUGACGCACCUGUUGUUUGAUAGAUGUGACUUAAUGAGUGUUAUAUAUAUAUUGUAUUUGUUACAAUCGGUCACAUUAAAGUAUUUUUUCUUAAA